UUACUGAGGGUGAGGCUGAAAUAAGCCUGAGACCGGUCGUACGUGGAAGUAGAGUGGAAAUGACAACGCAGAAGCUAUAGCGUUAGUUAGUUUAAUGAGAUGUACUCUUUGUAGUGGUAAUGUGAGGUGACUCUCUGACUGUAGAGGUGUUAAUAAUGGCCGUAGCUCAGCUAAACGAGUUGGCGCAGAGACAACGCUUAGAGCUGAGAUAUGAGGACGUUGGAUCUGUUGGCCUUGAUCACAUUAAAACGUUUACUGUGAAAGCAGUCCUGAAUGGUAAGGUGUAUCCUGAUGGUGUGGGGAAGAACAAGAAGGAAGCCAAACUGAACGCAGCUACAAAUGCCCUGAGUGUCCUGUUGGAGGAAACAGUUGACUCUACAGAAAAAACAACAGAAGCUUCUACAGCAGCAGCUCAUCAGACAGGUAUCACUCAAGCCAACUAUAUAUGUUGGCUCAAUGAACAUGGUCACAAGAACAGGGUGACUAUAAGGGCUGAGGAGUCAACGAGACUGGGACAAAACGGUGCUUCUCUAUGCUGUAGAUUCGUGGUUGGUGAUAAGAGUUAUCCAGCUGCCACUGCGAAAACAAAGAAGGAAGCUAAGGAGGAAGCAGCCAAGCUUGUAUAUUAUGAGAUAUGUGGCGGUAAAUCUACAGAGACUACAUCAGCUCAGCAACAGGGGGAAUUGGAUAUCCGUAAUGAGACCAGACGCCUCAGUUUGAACUCUAAGGGCAACAGCGGUACAGAAACCAAUUUCAUUGGAAUUGUUAACCACUACUGUCAGAAAACAAACCGCAGUCAUUCAUUUGUUGAAGAGAGGAGAUGUGGUCCAGCUCAUAUGCUUCAAUUUUUCUACAAGUUAAUAAUCGACAAUAAGCAGUACCCUGUGGGUGAAGGUCAGACUGCCAAGGAAGCCAAACAAAAUGCAGCUCAGCUGGCUUGGGCUGCUCUUCAAGAACAGACGGACUGGGACAGCAAGGUGUCCGUCAGAUCAACCGAGGAUGGUGGACCACCUAUGUUAACCGCCCUGAAAUCCAAUGAAUCAUCGUCACAAAGCACGGCAUUUGGAACAAGUGGCUCAAUAAUAUUCACAGAUUCAUCAAACUCUUCCAAGAAUCAGGAUGCUGUUAAAGACCAGAAUACAGGAAAUAGUCAGGAUGAAACAUCCAUCCAGUCAAGGUUUACUUCAGACUUUGAUUCCAUUGAGUUUCUUGCCCGUGGGAACUUUGGUGUGGUUUACAAAGCAAGAGAGAAACUGCUUGACAGGUUUUUUGCAGUAAAGGUUGUCGGUUGUGAAGACAAAGCUCUUCGAGAGGUGGGGACAUUAUCAGACCUCCUCCACCAUAACAUCGUCAGAUACUACACAUCUUGGAUGGAGGAUUCAGGAUACCAGGGGGAUCCUGAGUCAACUGACAGUUCAGAUGGUUACAGCUCUUACCAGUCUACAGAUAAUUCAUCGGCAAUGUACCUCUAUAUUCAGAUGGAGUUAUGUGCCAACAAAACACUUAGACAGUGGAUUGGUGAGAAAAACGCUGAGUCACUGCAAGAUUCCAAGAGAAGAGAAGAAGGUCUAAGCAUUGCCCAGCAAAUAGUUAGAGGAGUUGAAUAUAUUCACUCCAAGAAGCACAUCCACAGGGACCUCAAGCCUGAAAACAUCCUGUUUGGUCUGAGUGGAGAAGUGAAGAUCGGGGACUUUGGUCUGGUCACCAGAGAUGAUGACCAUGAUGACGCUUUGAUGGAGAGAACAGAGGACAGUGGAACCGAGCCUUACAUGGCUCCUGAACAAAACAAGAAAAACUAUGACCGGAAAGUGGACAUAUUUGCUCUGGGGUUGAUCUACUUGGAAGUCUUUUGGAAAGUCUCUACUGGCCACGAAAGAGCAGCGAUUUUGGUGGAUGCCAGACGUCAGAAGCUCCCCAAAGACUUUUUACAGACUUUUCCCCAAGAGAUCCAAAUCAUUCAGUUAAUGCUGCGUCAGAAGCCAGAAGAACGACCCGAGGCGAGUAAAGUGAAGACAGAACUGGAGAAGUGUGUUAAGACGAGUGACGCACAAAAUAUGCAUCAGAAAAAUGCAACUGUCUGAUUAUCACCAGUAAUUCUGAUGAGUUUUAAGAGUGUAUGGAAAUCUGUCUGUUCUGGUGUAUUUGAUAUUAAUAUUAUCGGGAAAAUGGUGAGGGUACUGCACUUAUAUAGCGCUUUAAGGAGAGAACAAAGUGCUUCACAAGGUCCGGGAGACUGCUCUGCGUGAAAACGCAAACGUUGACAUUUUGUUGUUAGCCAGGCAAAUGAAACGUCAACCACGCUCUUUUCCUAAACCUAAGUAGUUUUGUUGCAUUAACUUAACUCCCUGUGAAGACAAACGUUUAUUUUGAAGAGACACUACUGCAUGUAACGCGUAUAAACUGAUACACUGUCUCUUCUUCAUCCAAAACUGACACUAGAGAUGAACGUAGAGCGUCAUAGUUUGAAGCUUUGGCCAACUGACCAAGCGUUGGUAUUUGAUGAGACACACCCAUGUCCUGUGUUUUGCCCAAGGACACUUUACAUGCAGAUAGUAGGUCAAAUCCUUAACUAUGCAAUUAAUGAGCAUCUUAAUAGGGACCCAAUAUUAUGAGAUUAAUAAUCAGGGGAUGAAACAUGAUUUAAUCAUCUUUAUCACGAAAAAGCAACUUUUACAUUAUUUUACAUCUGUCUAGCUUUUCUUUUUAACUAAUCAUGUGCCUUCUGUGUCCAGAUUUGACAUUUUAUUCUAUGUGGGAAAUCAUCGAAUGUAUUUAAAGUGGUGUCACAUCAAAACCUUUGCUUUGCAUUGAAAAGGUUAAGUUUGAAAAAAAAUAUUGGUUCCUCAAGGUAAAGAAGUAACAAGAUAUGUAUUAUGCAUUUUCCAAUUCGUUGCACUAUUUGUAUGCUGUUUAAAUCUUACAGAACGGUUUCACAUGAGUCAAUAUACUUGGCCGAUAAAAACAAAACAAAAAAUGAGACAAGUUUUAUUUUGCUAAUGGGUUAUCAGAUAAAUCCUAAAGAUUGCCGUUUCCAAUGCCCUCGCUAACAGUAUUAAAGUUGAGUCAUUCCGUUGUAUCUGUUGUGGAAACUGGUUUAUAAAAUAACCUUUUAGCUCUGUAGUCGGUCUGGUGUCAUACUUGUAUGCUGUACAGACUUUAAAAGGCCCAAGAAGCCAAAUUGUGAUUUGUGAUAUUGGGCUAUACAAAUAAAAUUGACUUGACCUUAGUAAA